AUGUCCUCCAUUCCUUCUUCAUCAUCGGGACUCUCAAAUAAUACCAACGUUGCAUCCUAUUCCUCAUUCAUGACGAAUCCGUUUCAAAUAGCUCUCCGAAAAAUGGAUGAACUCAAUGAUCAAUUGAAACAUAUCAAGCCUUUAACUUUGAUGUUUUAUACAGCAACGGCAAUGGCUUCUGCAUAUUAUGGAAAGCAGCUUUGGGAGGCUUCAAAGGAACAUCCGAAUGGAUUAUCUGGAGUCAUUCUUGGAAUGUUGUUGAAAACAGUGAGAAAACUUCCGAUGGUGGAUUCUGGUAUUCAAUCGACGUUGGUGAAGAUUUCAAAGGAAAUUAAAUUGUCUUUUAAAAAAGGAAUUGAAAAUGAGGAAAUUAAUUACCAAUUGCCUGUUGAAGGAAUUCCCUAUGAAGAAUUGUUAUCACUUUUGCAACGAAUGAGAGAUGUUGAUCGAAGAAAAGUUCAAGAAAAAAAGCUUUCAGGUGUUGUGUACAUUGAUGCCAAAGUUGACAACGAAGAGCUCAAUAAGACUGAAGAAAAGAAUGGAGAUCGUUCUUCUGAUCCUUUAGCUUUCAGAAAACAUCACGAGGAAUUAUUGGCUAAAACUUAUAGUUAUUUUAUGCAUACAAAUCCAUUGCAUGCCGAUUGUUUUUUAUACACUCGUAAGAUGGAAUCUGAGGUCAUUAGAAUGACAGCUGCUUUCAUGAAUGGUCCAUUCAAUAAGGAAACAGGUGAGGGAGUUGUUGGUGCUGUCACCAGCGGCGGAACUGAAAGUAUUAUUAUGGCUUUGAAGUCAUACAGAGACCAAGCAAGAGCAGAAAAACCGUGGAUUAAACAUCCAGAAGUGAUUGCUCCAAGAACUGUUCACUGUGCCUUUGAGAAAGGAUGUCACUAUUUGGGAUUGAAAUUACGAUUGAUUGAUGUCGAUUUGACAACCUUUAAGGUUAAAAUGGACUUGGUAAGACAAGCAAUUAAUUCUAAUACCAUUUUGCUCGUUGGCUCUGCUCCAUGUUUCAGUCAAGGUACUAUUGAUCCAAUUGACGAGUUGAACGAGCUAGCAGUGAAACAUGGAAUUGGACUUCAUGUCGAUUGUUGUUUGGGAGGAUUUGUGGUUCCAUUCGCCAAGAAAUUAGGAUACGACAUUGGAGUGAAAGAAUUUGAUUUUACUCUACCUGGUGUGACAACCAUCAGUGUGGACACCCACAAAUUUGGAAUGGCACCAAAGGGAAGCAGUGUAUUAUUGUUUAGAAACAAAGACCUGAGAAAGUACAUGUACUUUGUUACGACUGAUUGGAUGGGUGGUGUUUAUGCAUCUCCAACCAUGUCAGGAUCUAGAAGUGGUGCUGUUGUUGCAGCUGCUUGGGCCUCCAUGAUGCAUAUUGGUGAAAAGGGAUAUUUAGAAGCAAGCAAAAGAAUUGUAAAUACUGUAUUACGAAUUAAGAAGAGAAUUACUGAAGAAAUUCCAGAAGUUGAAGUAUGUGGAAAUCCAAGCACUGUGGUGAUUGCUGUUCAAACAAAAUCUUCCUACAGUAAUAUUAACAUUUUCCAAGUGAUGGACUUUUUGUCACAUCGAGGUUGGUCUUUGAAUGCAUUGCAAUUCCCUAGCGCCUUCCAUAUUUGUAUUACAUUGAAUACAGCAACAGAUGAAAAGGCUGAUGAAUUUAUUUUGGACCUCAAAGAUGCUGUAGCUCAAGUUAAGAAUAAUCCUGAUAGUGUCAAGGGAUCAGCACCAGUGUAUGGUCUUGCUGUGGCUAUUCCAGACCGCUCUCUUAUUGCAAGCAUGGUUACCAAUGUGGUCGAUGCCAUGUUAGAUGUUUAA